AUGAUUUCAUCCAACGCUGGCGCAGGCAAGAGCCUUUCCACGCCGCCGAUUCAUUCAUCUCAGACGCAGGGCGGCCCGGCAACCUCGAAUCUCGAAUCCUUCCGUCGGCCGAGCCAAUCCAAUCCGUCGUCGUCUUCUUCCCCCUCUUCGCAACCUGCUCCGCGGAAAGGGCAAGCUUCCCGGAAGCAGCACAAGAACCAGCGGCGGCCCACCAUCCCCGACCAGAGGGUGAACGGCAAUCCCGACGAGGACGAUGCCAUGGCGGAGCUUCGAGCAGUCCGAAAUCCAUCGAGCAGGAGGGGCCAAACCUCCAUCACCCAUCUCCUAAACUACACCACGUCUCGGCCGUUUCAGGACCAUAGCUACGGCUACGACCCGAGGCCGCACCGCCGAAAUUAUGCCACUUGGGGCCUGGGGUCCGGCCACCACGCGGCCGACAAGUCGAGAUACGUCCACUCAAACUACCGAUUCGUAGUUUCUCCGGAAGGACUCUACACUAAACAUGAAGCGGAUGCCGACACCUUGCUGGAUUGGAACAAUGUCCUGCAAAUCAUUGCCUCGUCCGUAUCUCAGGCGGCUUCUUGCCCCAUCUGCCUUUCGGAACCUGCGGCUCCGCGCAUGGCCAAGUGCGGCCACAUCUUUUGCCUGCCCUGCGUGAUGCGCUUCAUGAACUCCAGCAGCGACGACGACGACGACAACGCCAAGCCAGGAAGGGGGGCUCGAUGGAAGAAAUGCCCCAUUUGCGAGGACACCAUCCAUCUCCACGAGGUCCGGCCCGUGCGCUUCUACGCCGGACAGGAGAGCCCUCUCCCCCGAGUGGGCGACGACGUGGUCCUGCGGUUAAUGGCGAGAAAGGCCGACUCCGCUCUGGCUUUGCCGCGCGAAGGCGGUGCCGAGGUGCUCAACUCGGGUGAUGAUGUACCCUGGCACUACGCAGCCAAUGUCUUGGAUUACGCCAGAAUCAUGAAGGGAACCCCACAGUACAUGGCCGUUCAGUACGACGAAGAGAUCGUGUCCUUGUUGAAGCAAGAGAAGGAGGACGAGGCUCUAUUUGGCCAGGACUCGGAAUGGAGUCAAAAGGCUGUCCGGGCUAUCCGCUCGGCCAAGGACAAGACCGACGCCUUGAAAUGCCCAGCCACUGGUGACUCUGCGUCUAUUAUGGCAGGCAUCAAGCCGUCUACGCACUCGGAUCUCUUCUUUUACAGCUCCCACCCGCAUUUGUAUUUGUCGCCGCUUGACAUUAGGAUUCUCAAGGCCAAGUACGGGUCCUUUGCAGCAUUCCCAUCCACUCUGCUUCCGCGCAUCGAGCACAUCUCUACCGGCCAUGUGGUGGAUGAGUUUCUUCGUAAGCGUACAAGGUACCUCGCACACCUGCCGCAAGGGUGCAUCAUUAACUUCCUGGAGUGUGAUUGGACCGACAUCGUGCCGUCCGAAAUCCUGGCCACGUUCGCUGCCGAGAUUGAGAAGCGGAGGAAGAGGAACCGUGAGAAGGCGGCUCAGGAGGAGCGCGAGCGUCUGCAGUCGGAACGGCUGGAGGCUCUUGCCCUGAGAGGCGCCAUCGGAAUCACGACACGUCGACAUGUCGUGCUGGAGAAUUUGGACCAAGACGACCCGCCAGUGCUCAAUCUUUCAGAAUUCCAGCCGUUGACAGCCCAUUCUGGGGCCACCCCGCCAGAUCCGAGGCUGGGAUUUGAGACCCUGGCGUCCAUGUCAACCAGCCCGUCGACGCAGCGCACAGUCUGGGGAACCCGGGUGAUACCGCCGUCUCCGCAGCUCGAGCCCACCGAGGCGGCGCCCAUCGACGAUGGCUGGCUCAAGGACGAGGAAUUCCUGGGAACUGCUGAGCUGGCGUUGCAGAUUGAAGCCAUCGAUGCUAUGGAGGGCGAGAAACCCUGCUCAAGCACCGGUGCAGCUGUCCAGGAUGCUACCACGAGCGGAGUCGGUGGAGGCAGGAAGGCGAAGAAGAAGAAGCAAAAGAUUACCCUGAUGAGUACUGUCGGGCGGAGAGGCACAUGA